GUGCCUCAGAAAUAUCAGCUAUUCAUAUCUAGUCCACCUUGAUAAGAUUAUUUCAAGUGAGGAGCAGCGGUAUAGGGUAUCUUCAUACAUAAUCUUGUUGAUUUUAUAGGUUGUCAUAGGCUCAAAGUGCUAUCGAACUUUGAUGAAUCAAUUCCAAGUUGUUGAGACUUAGUACUAAUCUCUAUUGCCAUUUAGUAAGCUGACUCAUAUAUUGACAAUGUGUCAAAUAUUUUGUGAUUAUGCUGAGUACUUUCAAACAUUAACAACUUUGAGAUAAGGAUUUGAGGGCUCCAGAUUUUAAUGGGUUUUUGCUUCCUGAUUUUCGAUCAAACUUCCUGCUUUUCAUAUCUGACUUUACAUCUUAUAUGAUCUACGUAUGCCACCGAAUCAAAACAAGGCGCAUCUCUGUGUGCUCCGCGAGUCAUUGCCCCGCGAUUGAGAUAAUGUCCAAUCAGUUGUCCUAAGAUUUCUCAGGGAGCAACCACUGAACCCAUCGUCCCAGAUAGAGGUAGCCCGCCAAGAUCGGCGGAGAACAAAGCGUGCCCAAAUGCAAAGUGGGGUGCAAACAUUUACGUAGUCACUUCGGGGAGUGUUAGAGAUUUGAGGCUUUGGGGUUUUUGGACCGUUUGUGAGUGAUUAUCUGUGUUUUUUUGUUUACACGUGCGUCGGAUCCGUCCGAAAUGCUGAGAAAACCCUGGCAGAGCUUUGGCGCUUAUCGGAAUGCGGAGCAUCCGCCUUAAUUGAACCAAUAAAGUAAUACAAAGCGGCAUUUAAAACGCCCGUCGCCGUGGAAGGCGUUGAUUUUCCGCCGACGAGCAGUUAGUUCAUCUCUGUGCAGCAGAGCAGUUGGUCGUGUCGUGUCUAGAGAAUGUCCACCGAAAACCCAGCGAACUGCGUUUCCACGCUGGACCUGAGUGGCGAGAGCCGAGGCCACUCGGAGGACUCCCAUGGCAGGGGCGUGAGGAGUGGCUCCAAGGUGCUGCGCAUCAUCUGGCACUCGCUCUACAGCCAGUACAGCCAGCUCUGCUCGAGGUCCCAGACCCUGAGGCAACUGGUCUGCCGGGAGGCCAACAAGCCACUGCCCAAGAAGCUCAGGCACACCAUGCGGCUGAACAAGUCGGCCAAGCGGAAGGGCUACGAGUUCUACAUCAGCGACGAGGACAGAAGUAUACCUACCGGAAUUCCGAACUGUCCGCGCGGAUUGGAGUACCUUACGACUAUCGACCAGCUUUUAGUUAAGCAGAAGGUCGAGCUGCUCGAGGCCUUCACCGGCUUCGAGACCAACAACAAGUUCACUAUCAAGAACGCCCUGGGUCAGAAGGUCUAUUUCGCGGCGGAGGACAACGACUGCUGCACCCGCAACUGCUGCGGUCCCUCGCGUCCCUUCGACAUGCGGGUCUUCGACAACUUCCAGCAGGAGGUCAUCCACAUGCACCGGCCGCUGGCCUGCUCCUCCUGCCUGUUUCCCUGCUGCCUGCAGAGCAUCGAGGUGUCGGCCCCGCCCGGCAACGUCAUCGGCACCAUCGAGCAGGAGUGGUCCAUCUGCUCGCCCUCGUUCCGGAUCCUCAAUCACCUGGGCGACACGGUGAUGCGCAUCGAAGGACCCUUCUGCACCUUUUCGCUCUGCGGCGACGUUGAGUUCAAUGUUGUUUCGCUCACGGGCGAGAAGGUGGGCAAGAUUUCGAAGCAGUGGUCGGGCCUGGCGAGGGAGAUCUUCACGGAUGCCGACUUCUUUGGCAUCAGCUUCCCCCUGGACCUGGAUGUGCGCAUGAAGGCCGUGCUGCUGGGCGCCACAUUCCUGAUUGACGCCAUGUUCUUCGAGAAGUCUGGAAACCAAGAAACCGACAGACCCGGCAUGUUAUAGGGAUCCGGUGGUGGCUUGUUUUGCGAUGAUUUAUGCCUAGCGGGUGGAUGUUGCACCGAUUGCACCGAUUGCAACUGUGACGAUUGCUGCGAUUGCGGCGAUUGUGGUGACUGUGGCGAUUGCGGCGAUUGUGAUUGUGACCCUUAAAUGUUGUACAUGAUUUUGAGUUGCCGCCUUAUCCAAAUAUCUUCCUUGUGAACUGUCGCUUACUAGUCUUCUGUACCAAAUGCUUAUUGAUGACAAUGGAAUCGUAGUAAUGGAACUCCUUGUGAAACAAUCUGAAAAUCAAACCUUUCAACUCAGGCUUCCUUCGAAGGGACAUUGCCAGGAUAUGAAACUAAGUUUAAGUUAUGAAGCAUUUUUUGCUAUUUCGCCUCAUCAACGAAUUAUAUUGAACGACAAAUGUGCUUCAUUCAUGAAUUUAUAACGAUGCACACUGAAGCAAAAACUAACUAACGAACUAUUCGUUAUUAAACCAUGUACUUUAAACUGUA